AUCGGAUUAACGUCAUGCAUGUCGGGCCGACCGGAUCUCGCGACGAAAACGACCAGGGCGACGAAGACGCCGACGAGGACGAAAGCGAGACUCUACACCCGCGUUGUGUAAUAUCUGCGGUCUCGGUUAAGUGUUCAAAGUCGUCUUCGUCGACACCGCCUUGAAAACCGCUCCGAAACAUGGGUAACACCGAGAGCAAUGUAGCCAGUGGCGUUAAGAAACAGGUCGACACUUCUUCGUUGCAGAUAUACAACCUGGUCGACCUGAAAGGUUGUGGUCUACUAGUAGAUUUAAUGAAGAAAGCUGUGCAGACGAAAAAUUUUACCGAACUGGACAACGCUAUCAAAACCCAAGUGGAACCCAUGCUGUACAACAAGGGUGAAGGUAGAAUGAUACCGAUCGCCAAACUUGUAUUACUAAGAAAUCGUGAUCGUUCUCGGGCGAGAUGGCUUCCACCAUUAAAGAACAUGGAAGACCCCAAUGAUUACGACAUCGAAAAAGACAUUCCCACCAUCGAAGAACUGGAAAAACUGGGGGAAGUGCAGUAUCGGGAAGUGUGCUGGGAUCUGAAAGAAAGGGGCACUGUCGGAGAAACGGCGUUACAUCUAUGUUUGCUCAACGCGACGUCUAUACACGCCGACUUAGCCAAAAGGCUGUUGCAUUUCUAUCCAAAACUUGUAAACGACAUUUAUAUGAUUGAUGAGUAUUACGGAGAAAGCGUGUUGCACAUGGCCAUUGUCAACGAAGAUCCGGCCAUGGUAAAAGUGCUGAUGGACAGCGGAGCUGACCUUAACGAACGGUGUUUUGGGAACUUCAUGAGUACGGAAGAUCAAAAGGCUUCACGAUCGGAUUCGCUCGACCACGAAUGGGUGAACUUGUGUCCUGACACCAAUUACGAAGGGUACGUGUAUUGGGGUGAAUAUCCAUUGUCAUUUGCAGCGUGUCUUGGCCAGGAGGAGAGCUACCGUUUGAUGUUGGCGAGAGGCGCCGAUCCCAACAACCAGGACACCAACGGCAAUACGGUUUUGCACAUGCUCGUGAUUUACGAAAAAAUCUCGACAUUCGACAUGGCCUACGAGAUCGGGGCGGAGCUCAACAUUAGGAACGUGCAAAAUUUGACGCCACUCACACUUGCCGCAAAACUGGCUCGGAUCCAAAUGUUCUUUCACAUACUCAAAAUCGAACGUGAAAUUUAUUGGCAGAUCGGUAGUAUAACUUGUGCCGCGUAUCCCCUGACCCAAAUCGACACUAUCGACAACGACACGGGACAGAUCAGCAGAAAUUCUGCACUCAACUUGGUCGUAUUUGGAGAAAGUCCAGAACACUUGGAGAUGAUGGACGGCGUGUUGGUGGACCUGCUAAAUGCCAAAUGGAACGCUUUCGUGAAAUUCCGGUUCUAUAGGCAAUUCAUCUUGUUCGCAUUUUACUUUUCCAUAUCCAUGGUGUGCUUCGUGCUGCGUCCCGGACCACCACCUACUGGUCUUAAGCCGCCACUAAUUAACUACACGUCCACAUCGACCACGGUGGCCACCACGCCAUUAGAUUUCAUGGACAACGAGUCGUUGUUGCCCGAUAACGUCAUGUACGACGAGAUGAUGAUUGGUGGCGGCGUUCCGAUCGAGCUCGAAACGGCGAUAACCACAGAAAUUACGACACCAUACACGGUCCCGGCCACAGCCACAGCUUCCUUCGCAGCCAUCAACGGUAGUGGUAUCCUGACGGCACUUAUCUACGAAGACGGUAGAGGUGGUGGAAGUGGUACCGUAAACUUACACGGCAAGAGUUCGGGUUCGGACAGAAACAAACACAGGACCACGUGGAAUCCGGUCAACCAUACGUUUAAGACCAACUACACAUACAACUACAACAAAUCGAGAAAAUUUUGGUGGAACAAGAGACAUAAAGUGUGCAGACUAAUGGCUGUACACUCAACAGAUGAUUUAAUCAGAAUGGGAUCGGAAGUGGCAAUGUUUGUGGGAGCCUUCCUCUAUCUAUUGGCUGCCGUCAGAGAAGCUGGAUUUUUAGGCACACAGAUGUUCAUUGAAAAUUUGGCCAUAGCACCGGCAAGAGUGAUGUUCCUGUUCUCGUGCCUGCUCAUGAUGACCAUACCGCCGCUGAGACUGACGUGUUAUGACAAAGCCGAAGAUAUAAUAGCCGUAAUCAUCAUGUUGACCACUUGUCCGUACUUUUUGUUCUUCUGCAGGGGUUUCAAAACUGUCGGUCCAUUCGUGGUUAUGAUCUAUAGGAUGGUCAUGGGAGACUUGCUGAGGUUCGUUUCAAUUUAUAUGGUGUUCGUGAUGGGGUUCUCUCAAGCUUAUUAUGUGAUUUUCCUGUCUUACGACAACCCUCUUACGCCUGAGGGCAUUGACGACUCUGUGCUGAAUCCAAUGCCGACCCCGACCGAGUCCAUCAUGGCAAUGUUCCUUAUGUCCGUCAACACGUUCACUGACUACUACACGGCGUUCGACAAGACUAGUCACACGUUGGUCGCAAAGUUUUGUUUUAUAGUUUUCAUGGUGAUUGUGGCCAUUCUGCUGGUGAACAUGUUGAUCGCCAUGAUGGGUAACACUUAUCAAAAGAUCGCCGAGACCCGAAACGAAUGGCAGAGACAAUGGGCUCGGAUUGUACUGGUGGUAGAGAGAGGUGUCAGCCCAUCGCAAAGGCUCAAAAAGCUCAUGUACUACUCGCAACCGAUGUCAGAUGGCCGAAGGGCGUUGGUGUUGCGACUCAAUCAGACGGAUGAAGACAAGGAGCAAAUGAAGGAAAUAUUAGAAAUGAAACGCAUUCACAAUCGCUAUGUCGAAAGAAUGCGUGCCAGAGAUCUGAGCAGCAAACUAUCGUCUUCGUGCGGAAAAAAUGCAAAUGGGACAAUUAAUCUAAAAGCAAACAAAUAA